CGCGUAAGUACUACUCCACUGUAUAUAAGAGCUAGCCUACGGCGUACAAACUACCAACCAACCUACACCGCUACUAUAGAUCAGAAGGAUGAGCAUAGCAGCUUAGCUUUGGGAGCCAAUUACCGAUCGAAUGCAAAUGUCUGAAGAAAUUUCUUCUGCUGCCAAUCCCGGCGAACAAAACGGAAAUAGCGACAUACGAGAGUCCUCACAAUCGAGGUGCUUCCACUCCUCUCGUCGCACCACCCGUCAUGUGGAAACAGGGCCCAAGAUCGACCAGACAUGUCCUGCUGGAAGUACUACUAUCCAUAUUGCGAAGAUUCGAAGAGCACUCCGCAUGGUCGAAGAAGAACGAUUCACACCAUUCACGGUGCGGAUCGGCCCUUACCAUGAAGCGUCAAUGGUGCAACCCUCGGAAAACAACCCCCAUGAUAAAAAGGGGAAAGAAGUCAUGGAAAACGAGCAGAAUAAGAGCGUCUUGGUCGACAGGUUAGUGAGUGUGCUUCUUGAGCAACCUGGAGAGCUGGAGAAUCUGAUGGCAAGGGCGAUGGAAUGCUACGCAGAAAAAAAGGGGAAACAACCAUGUGAUAACGAACUACAUAUCACAGAGCAGGAGAAGAGCUUCUUCGUCGACAGGUUUUUGAGUUUGACUUUCGAGGAUAGGAAGGAGGAAGCCCCGCAAUUGACUCUCCAAGAGCACAAGGUUCAGGUAAUCGAAGAUCUGAAGAACCUGAAGACGAUGAAAUGCUACGCUGGUAAUCCGAGAGCUGAAGAAACUGAAGAAGCCUUCGCGGCUAUGAUGAUGCGCGACGGGAUAUAUGUUCUCUGUUUACUUGUGGACAUGGUAGAAACAUCCCCUGGAGAAGGAGACGUUCGCCCGGACGAGAUUGAUUUGUUACGGGACGUGGUGUUCCUCCUUGAGAAUCAGAUACCUUGGAUCGUCCUCAAGGAGUUGCAAAGCCUAGCUGGCUACAGCAACGAGCCAGGCCUCCUCUGCACACGUGUCCGGGAUCUGCUGGCCGAAGGGCGCUACAUCACAAAGGCAACGCCGGAGUCGCCAGCAAAAGAACCUGCUCACCUGCUGCACCUGGUGCACACCUACUUCGCCCCACCCAAAUCUGGUGAAGCAGCAAUUGACAUCGUCAGGAACAAGGGAACAGGUCCAUGGAAACGGGCGACGCUGUACCGCAGGUGCGCCUACGUGCAGUUCAAGCGUCGGGAGUUCGAGGCCGGGGUGGAAUCCAUCCUUGACGUGAGCCUUCAGGGAGGCACUCUCCUCAUCCCUUGCUUGCAGAUCGACGGCAACACGUGGACCAUCCUACGCAACCUGAUGGCGCUGGAGGAGCAGAUGCCGGAGAGGCCGGUGACGGCAUACUGCGUUUUCAUGUCGCAGUUGGCACGCCAGGCUGAGGACGUCGAGUUCCUCGAGUAUGAAGGUAUCAUCAUUAAUUUCCUGGGCAACAACGAGGUGGUCGUACAAGGCUUCUCCAACCUAUGUGAGGGAGUGAUCAACGACAAGCCAAGCUACCUCUACGACAUUUGGCACACGCUGGACAAGCGCUCCAAGAGUGCAUGGAACAAAUUCAUGGGAUCAUUCAUGGAGAGGAACAUGCUCGACAAUGUGCAGUUCGUGGCAUUCAUUGGCGCCGUCAUUCUGCUUAUUCUUCAAAUAGCUCAAGUAAUUAUUGGGUCCCUCUCCUUAAUUAAUAAGCAGAAAUAGUUGCACAAAUUUAGUUCCACGUGUCUGCCCGAGCAGUUUCGGUGCCACGAUAUGUCGGUCAGUUUGGUGUCAAGUUUCAGUUAUCUGAAUAUAAGCCAUGUAGCGUGAGUCUAGUUCACGUUUUUUAUUUUUAUUUUGCGACUUAGUCUUGUUGAGCUAGCCUCUGUAACCGAGUAAAAAUAAAGAAGGCGAUUGAAAUACGAAGUUCUUCCAUAGUAAUUCUGUAUGGCGGGCUCGAAAGAACAAGAUUAAGAAGCUAAAAUAUGACGAGGGAGUAUGGCAGUCUAACCCCUCGGUCAUGGAGUUGAUGGCCUAUUCUUUUUUCAAGGAGUUGUUCACUAGAGACCCAUCUUUGAAUGCAGACGAAAUCAUUAGCCUACUGGAGAAGAAAGUAACGGAUGAGAUGAAUGAUUCACUUUGUAAAGAAUUCUCUGAGGAAGAAAUCUCUGAUGCGCUGUUUCCAA